UGGGACGAUGACAGCCAGCUUAUUACGGAUUCCCUGUUAGGUGAACUUUUGGUGCCUCUGCCGAUUGUGCAUAUGAAACCCGAGAUGGACUUCAAGCCGGACCCGGGGAAGUACAUUGCCCCGCUCUACAAGACCUCCGUGCGCGCCGGCGUGCUCUCCACCACCGGUAAGGCGGCCUGCACACUUUCACCAAUCACACAAUGGAGCACACUCAUCUAA